AUGGGAAGCCUUCGACCUGUCGUUAUUUCUCUUGGUCGAAAAGCCAGUUUCCAAGUAGCUGCUGCUUGCUUCUCGUCUGUUUCCAUGCACAGAUCGCAUGCACCAUUCGCGUACUACGAUGGUUCCACGGCUUCCCAACUGACCUCGUUCGAUGCCGCCCAUCUUCAUGGAGAGCUCAUGGGGCCUCUGUACAGGGCAGCCUCGAUUUUCGAGGCCCAUUGCAAGGAAUCAGAGGAGGCUGAACACCCUGAGGCUGGCCACUACGCCGAUGCUGGAGCAGGCUCUUCCUCGGUACCACCCAACCCAGUUUCCAGACGGAGCGAUCAAGGUCAUUAA